ACAAAGUCCAAAAUGGCGGUGGGACGGGCGUGCAUGUGUUUGUGGCAUGGUCUCAGACCCAAACUUGCACCGCCAGUUCUCAGUGGUUCAUCUUUGUUGAGGAGCUGGUCUUCGUGGUCGCCAGCAACUAGGCAACCGCACCGAUGGUCCGCUCUUCGCAAGCGAUUGGACUCCGUUCCCGCGUUGCGCCGCGGGCUCGCCGACGCUGGUGCCGGCAGCGGGUCCAGUAGCGGUGCCAGCAGCGGUGCUUCAGGCCGGUCGGCUGACCAGUUUUCUCAGCGAGCGAUGAAAUACACCUUCGUGGCGUUCGGCGCGAUGUUCACCGGUGUCGGUGGUUUCCUGGUUGUCACUUGGGGUGCGCCUCCUUUGGAUGAACAAGGCAAGGAGAUCGAAGAUGAGUUCAGCCACAUGCCUCGCUGGAAAGCCCACCUGUACAGGACGUACAAAGAGCUUCAGCUUUAUAACAAGAUGAUCAAGGAUCCAUCCCGUGAGAAACUGCUGCCGGACCCAUUGACCGAGCCAUACUACCAGCCUCCGUACACGCUAGUCCUAGAGAUGACUGGUGUGCUGGUGCACCCAGACUGGACGUACCAGACUGGCUGGCGUUUCAAGAAGAGGCCUGGGGUGAACCUUUUCCUUCAGCAGGUCGGACCACCACUGUUUGAAGUUGUCAUCUACACUUCGGAACAGGGAUUUACCGCAUACCCCAUCCUGGACAGCCUAGAUCCACAGGGCUACAUCAUGUACAGGCUGUUCCGAGAUGCAACUCGAUACACAGAUGGACACCAUGUUAAGGACCUCUCUUGUCUGAACCGGGACCUCUCCCGUGUGAUCAUGGUUGACUGGAGUGCCGAGGCCUGCUCCCUACAGCCUAGCAAUGCACUGCGGCUACCAAAGUGGGACGGCAGCGACGAUGAUCGCACGCUGAUAGACCUGGCUCAAUUUCUGCGCACUAUCGCUACAAGUGAGGUGGAGGAUGUGCGGACAGUCCUGGAGUACUACAGCCAGUUUGACAACCCAUUGGAGGCAUUUAAGGAGAACCAAAGGAAACUGCAGGAGGAGAAGCAGCAAGUACCCCUGGAGCAGAUUCCCAGCCAGCGGUCGUGGGCCAUGGGGCUUUGGAAACGUCAGUGAUGAUGCGGAGAAUGCAGAAAGCAUUGGGCCUUAGAUUGUCCACUGCUCUAUGGACACUUGGACAGUAGUGGACGGUGCUGCCACCUGUGUUAGUUGUGUCGAGUGAAUGCCAGCAGUGACAGCGCACUCGCCAUCGCGCAAGGAAACUACAUUUUGACAGCGGGCAUGGCCAGAGUGCAAAAGCAUGCAUCUGCUUUUUUUGUGUGUGUAACUGUCACUGAAGACAAGACUGAGUAGGUGCUCAACACAGUAUUGCCUGAUGUUUUGUUCUAUUCCUUUUUUGUGUCUGUGGAAGAAUUGCAGUGCCAUUACACCAUCUGCAUCUUCAUGAAUUACUGAAUGAGUAUGCAGGUGCAUGACUGCACCUGAAACACCAUGAGAAACAUUUUCGUCAUUAAGAGGAAAUGGUUGAGGCCAAAGUUGAUGAAAUCCAGUGCAACUGCCCGAAAAGGUUUUGUUUUAAAUGCUGAACAUCACGCUAUAUUUUGCCAUUCAUACAAGUGAGUGAUGUUGCGCUCUGCACAGUUUGUGUAGAGUAUGACAGUAUAUCGGAUCAAGUAAGCACUGAAAGCAUGUGCUGAACAUAGCCUUUGUGUUGUAAAACGUGAUCACAUAAGACACCUAAUAAUUUAGACUUCACAUGCAUCGCUCACAAAGGGUGCUUGUUUACCACUUUUGGGGCUAAUUUCAAUAAUGUGGUCUCAUUCAAAACUUCUGCAUCAUUCAGGACGAGAGCACCAGAAAGGGGCUAUGCACAGUGCUUUCCUUACUGUCUCCCUGCCUCGAGUUCGGCACAACUAUCAGAAUCCACAGUACUGACAAGCCCAAUGCUCUACGCCAACUGAAUUUUUUAUUUUGUCCUGGUUUGGAACCAAGGUGAGUUUGCACACUUGCACAGAUGUCAUGGGUGUCAGUAUCUGGUUUUUAACUUAAGGAAAUCGAUGAUUUUCACACAAGUCUAGCUCGAUUGCAAUGUAGAAAUGUCUGUAUUUCUGUGUAAAUAAAGUAAAUGAAGCUAAUAUGGAA